AUCCUAUUUAAGGGCCAAUACCCGCCGCCGGGAUAUAUAUUCGUGCCUGCUGGUAAUAUCUUUAUAACUCGACACUGCCGCGAUUUGGCCAAGAAGACAAGCGAAGAUAUAUAUGCUUAUUAUCGUCAUAAGAGUAAGAAAAAGUCGGCAAAGCAAGAGGGUCUAUAUGUGCCAAAGGACAUCUUUGAAAAGGUCAAAUCCGAGUAUGAAAGGAGGAAAACCUUGGCAGACGAAAAGGUUUUGCGGAGUUUGACCAAGAACUACCCUAAUAUGCCACCAGCAGACAAGGCGAAAAUUUUCCAGCGUUGCUGUGACCCUGAAACCUUGAAGCCUAUGAUGUACAAUACACAUAACGUCGUUUAUAGCCACAUUAGGGAUCGAUAUACAGCUUUCAAGUCGGUCUCUGGUGACAAGGCAAGCUCGAAAGGAGUAAACGAGGCACAUCGACAGGCUGAGGAGAUUCUAUCGAACUGGAAGGGCAAAUAG